AUGCCCACCCGCGCCGACAUCACCUACUUCGGCGCCGGCCCCGCGCUGCUGCCCACCGACGUCCUGGAGACGGCCGCCCAGGCCCUGCUCGACUUCAACGGCACCGGCCUCGGCAUUGCUGAGCACUCCCACCGCAGCGAGAUCGCCACCAAGAUCAUCGAGGAGGCCAAGGCCGACCUGGCCUCCUACCUCGACAUCCCCUCCGACUACGAAGUCCUCUUUAUGCAGGCCGGCGGCAGCGGCGAGUUCUCCGCCACCGUCUACAACCUCGUCGGCGCCUGGGUCGCCCGCCAGCGCGACGCCGUCCUGCAGCGCCUCGGUGCCACGGACGAGACCGACGAAAAGGUCGUUGCGGAGCUGCGCAAGAUCGUCGACGAGAAGCUCAAGCUCGACUACCUCGUUACCGGCGGCUGGUCCCAAAAGGCCAGCGCCGAGGCCGCGAGGCUCCUCGGCCCGGAGCACGUCAACGUCGUUGCCGACGCGCGCAAGAUCAAUGACGGCAAGUUCGGCAAGAUCCCCGAGGAGAAGGACUGGAAGCUGAGCCAGGACGCCGCGAUGGUGUACUACUGCGACAACGAGACGGUCGAUGGUGUCGAGUUCCCCGGUUUCCCUGCGGCGCUGGCGCCCAAGGACAACGGGGAGGGCCCCAUUGUGGUGGCCGACAUGUCGUCCAACAUCCUCUCGAGGCGCAUCCCGGUCAAGAACUUCAGCGCCAUCUUCUUUGGCGCGCAGAAGAACCUCGGCUCCACGGGCAUCACCGUCGUCGUCAUCAAGAAGAGCCUCCUCGCGCCCCAGCCCUCGCCCGCGCUGAUGCGCAAGCUGGGCCUGCCCAUUGCCCCAAUUGUCUUGUCGUAUGAGACCAUUGCCAAGAACAACAGCUUGUACAACACUUUGAGCAUCUUCGACGUCUACAUCGCCGGCCAGGUCCUCAAGAAGCUCCUCCGCACCUUCAAUGACAAGGUCGACGGCCAGCAGGCCGUGGCCGACAAGAAGGCGGCACUCAUCUACGCCGCUCUCGAGGCCCACCCGGACGUCUACCGCAUCGUUCCGGACAAGUCUGUGCGCUCCCGCAUGAACAUUUGCUUCCGCGUUUCCAAGGGCGGCGACGUCGACGCCGCCGAGAAGGCCUUCCUCAAGGAGUCCACCGCCCAGGGCCUCACGGGUCUCAAGGGUCACCGCAGCGUCGGCGGCAUCCGCGCUAGUAACUACAACUCCAUCCCCCUCGAGGGCGCCGAGAAGCUGGCAAAGUUCAUUGAGUCCUUUGCCAAGGCGUGA